AUGGCUCGUCCCUACACGGUGGCAUCUCAUCUACAGUAUUUCGAGCUUCCUCUCGCAGAUUUCACUGCGGCGCGUCCCGAAUUCGAUAGCUUCGGCGUCGGUGGCUACAUUUUCAGCGACGCAUCGACCCCGCGCGUCCUGCUGCUUCAGCGCGCGCUGACCGACUCGAUGCCCGGAUGCUGGGAAGGACCUGGGGGCUCAUACGAACCCGACGUGGAUGGCACCCUGCUAGAUGGAGUGGUUCGGGAAGUGCUCGAAGAGACCGGGCUUCAUGUAUCACACAUCACCGAGCUGGUGGCGGUCGACAGUUGGACGCACACGCGUCGCAACGGCAGCAAAUUCCGCAUCGCCAAAUAUUCAUUCAUCGUCGAAGUCCACGAAUCAGCGCGACCAUCCGCAGAGCAGGUGUCCCGAGAAGAAAUUCCCGUCCGCUUGAUGGAAAGCGAGCACCAGGCAUUUGACUGGGCGACCGAAGAAGAUAUGCGACUUUCUCUCCAAAGUGGCGGCAGAUACCAGCUGCCUUUGCCGUCCACGGGCCAUCAAGCACAUAACAUUCUUCGCUCAUUUGAGUUGUACAGGGAGCUACACAACAAGAGCUGA